UCGGGGGGAGCCGCGCUCGUGGGGGAGCGGCGGUGCGUUCGGCUGCGGUCCGCGCCUUUGCUGACGGAACAGAUUUUGUUGCAGCCGAACCCCUGAUGGGUCGUUAUUAAUUAUGUACGAGUAUAAAUGGAAGGACGGUGAUUCCCGCUCCGAGGGUGGGGGGGAACCCACCCCACGUGGCUGUGCGCGCCCCGAGCUGGGGGGGAUGGGGUGGGGUGGGAUGGGAUGGGGCGCCCGGCCGGCCCGGCAGCGUCCGCAGUGCACGGUGCGCGCCGGCCCGCAGCCCCCACACAGAGCUGGCUGUUGUGGGCAGAGCCAGCAGCGGACACCUGGGCCCCGGUGUGAGCAGCAGCCAGGCUGUGAGAAGGCCAGCACGGUUUGUGCUUCUCUUUGCAGUAACAGCGAGCUGCUGCGGGGAAGCAGCAGUGGGUUCCUGCAGGGCGGUGUUCUGGGACGGCCAAAUGGAAUGGUUUUAUGGCCUGAAAUAACCAAAAUUUAUAGGCAGAGCUCUGGAGAUGGUUCCGCUUCCUGUUGUCCUAUGAACAAUGCUGACAUCUUUGGCUGCACAAAGUGUGCUCGCUCCCUCGGUUGUUAUUUGAGAGGCACCUGCCCUCUCAGUUGUCUCCUUGAGGACGAUCCCGAGCUCUCAGGACAAGAACAUGUUCCCAGUUACACACGCAGCCUCCGCAGCUCCCCAUGACACCGACCGCGCAGUGCAGCACGCUCUGCUCCCCGGCCUUCGGUAAACCCGCUCCUUAGCAUCCGGGCACCUCAGUUAAUCUUUUAUUUCAGCAGGAGAGGAGCGGUGACCUGGUACUGGAAUCGGAUUGCUUCCUCUUUGCUUUCCUUAUGUAAGCUUUGGUUUUAAACUUUGGAGUCUUAACGGAGGUCAGGCGAGAGAUGGUCUGUGACUGAGUGAAGGAGAGCAAGCUGGGGCUCAGAGCCUCACCCUGUCCCAUCUCCUGUGACAGCCCCUCAGAGUGGUCGGAGCCCUCUCUGUGCCACCUGAGAUGUUCCCUGGCAGCUGGAAGGGGAGCAGUGCCCAGUGAGCGCCUGUGGGGCUGCAGCGUCUAUGGCUGCGUCUGCUGCCUGGUCUGUGGCUGCUCUGCAUUGCUGGGGCUUUUAGUGACUCAUCCAUACCUCAUUUCAGAAAUGAUCAAGAAGCUGAAAUGUUUAAGGAUCCCCACAGAAGGAUCUCUGGAAAGUCAGGAUAGCGAGUGAUGCCCAUUCUGGUGCUGUGUUUAGGGGUGGAUAUUUGCUGAAGUGCUGUGUUGGCAUUCUAUUGCCAAGCAUCAGGCCAUAGCCAGGGAUUCUGGUGCCAGAGACAUGAGGCGCAGUUCUGAGCUUUGGUGCUGUAGAAGAAUUCCUUAUGGCAGUACCUGUGCAAGGUAUGGCACCUGUGCUUGGAUGACACGUGCUGAAAUGAGGCACUGACCAACAGUUGCUGCCCUUACCCUUGCUCUCCUGAAGCAGUGCCGUAUUCAUUGUAACAAAUAGUCACAUAUCCAAAGACCAGGGGAGGAGCAGAACUGCACCAGUGAGCCCAUGGCUGGGAAGCGUGAGAUGCACAGCAAAGCCAGGUGCUGCGGGUUUGGUGGGAAGCUGAAAGCCAGGUCUGUGGGCACAGCGUGGGCAGGGGCUCUGGUGGCUCCUUUAGGGCUGCACUUGCACGUAUGUAGCACUGCCUUCCUGUGCCUCUACCAGCCUGUUCCCAGAGCGUGCUGCUUUGCCUGCUGGAACCUCUCAGUUCCAGUGCAGAACCUCCCUGUGCAAACGCAAAAGUGAGUGGAAAGAGAUGCUCUUCUCCGUGCCUUCUCUGGCAUAGGAGUAGAACGCCUUUUCUAAAUUUUGAAACGGUUACUUCUUUCAGCUGUAGAAAUGGUUGCCUUGUCUCAAAAGGGAAAAAUACAGCAUUAUUAGGACAUGGAAGCUUUUUGCGGUGUGGUUUUUUGUUUUUGUGGAACUAGCGCGCUAGCUGUGCAGCCGUCCAGAGGUGCCCCUUCCACCACCCUGACCGUCUCCCUCCAUCUCUCACCCUGCUCCAGGUCCGGGCUGUUCUGCCUGCCGUCCUCCUUCCCGAAGCCCGAGGAUCCUCCUGCCGCCGCCUGCGCUGUUCCUGCUGAUCCCACGCGUGGUGAGACGCAGCCGCAGCCUGGGGACGACCAGGUGCCGCCGCUGCUGCCCGCGCCGCCCGGCGUUGUGCCGCCAUACCCGCCCUACUUCGAGGGAGCGCCGUUCCCGCGCCCGCUGUGGCUGCGGCACACCUACAGCCAGUGGGUUCCGCAGCCGCCGCCGCGGGCCAUCAAGAGGACACGGCGACGUUUGUCGCGGAACAGAGACCCGGGGCGGCUGAUCAUGAGCACCAUCAGGCUGCGGCCCAGGCAGGUGCUCUGUGAGAAGUGUAAAAAUACCCUGAACCCCGAGGAUGAGAACGCGGCGGGGCAGAACGCUAAAACGAGGAGGAAGCUGAGCGUUCAGGACAAGGAACAGAAAAAACACAGCGACUCUGAGUGCCUGGAGAAAAGGAACAAAAGAGAGAAGAGAGAGGAUGACAAGUUUGCCGGGGAGCUGGUACAUCGAACACCAGUUAUCAAAAUAUCCUACAGCACGCCGCAAGGGAAAGGCGAGGUGGUGAAGAUCCCCUCCCGGGUGCACGGCUCAGUGAAACCAUUCUGUCCUGAACGGCUGUUGCAGAACGGAGAGGAGGAGCAGGAGGAGGUCGGAGAUGCUGAGCAAUGCCAAGAAAGCAAGGGCUUCACGGACAAAGCAGCGGGCAGCCAGCUUGCUUCCAUCCCCAAACUGAAGCUGACGCGGCCGGUGCAUCCCAGUGCUGAUGUCCCACCUCCCAAGAUACGGCUGAAGCCCCAUCGCAUCAACGACGGUCAGAGCGUUUCUAUCUAUAAGGCAGAACUUAUCGAUGAGAUAAACGUCCUUCAGAACAGCAGGGAGACGAAUCCCAGUGCGUUUUACACCAAUGAACCGACAGACAGAGGUUUGGCUGAGAUCUCUUCCGGGAGUUCGGGUGAAGACGAUGACUUUAAAAGGUUUCCCCAGGGUAAAGACGGACACGAUAACUUGGCUUUCCUUAUGAAUUACCGGAAGAGAAAAGCGGAUUCUUCUAGUUUGUCGGUGUGUAGUAAUGACAGUCUAGACGAAUCCAAGUCUUCUAGUUCGGAGGUGACAUCACCAGAAAUGUGUGACUUUUUACCUGGUGAUGAUGCGUCUGUCUCUUCAUCUUCAAAAGAUGAGCGUAAAAUUGUGCCGCCCUUGACAGUUAGGCUGCAUACCCAAAGCGUGUCUAAAUGCGUCACUGAAGACGGAAGAACUGUAGCAGUGGGGGAUAUUGUUUGGGGUAAAAUUCAUGGAUUUCCGUGGUGGCCGGCACGUGUUCUUGACAUAAACCUUAGCCAGAAGGAAAAUGGGGAACCUUCAUGGCGAGAAGCCAAAGUUUCAUGGUUUGGUUCUCCAACGACUUCAUUCUUAUCUGUUUCAAAACUUUCUCCUUUCUCUGAAUUUUUCAAAUUGAGAUUUAAUCGCAAGAAGAAAGGGAUGUAUCGGAAAGCUAUCACAGAGGCUGCGAAGGCGGUGGAGCACCUGACUCCAGAAAUAAGAGAUCUCUUAACACAGUUUGAAACAUAACUGUGCCACCAGUAUCAGGUAACAGAAGAUAAGAGCACAGCUGUUCUCCUAGAAUGUCACGAAGUCUGUACACAUCCUGACAUGCUCCCCAGGAGAAGCGGGAGGUUGCCAUGCACGUGACAGGAGGACGGGUUUCCUUGUCAGCUUGCACUGCUUAUCAUCAUCUGGGAGAGGUGACAGUCACUGGGACGUGGAGCUAGGAGGCUCUUCUGGUGUGAGGCUGGCAGGAAAGAAAAGGAUUUCUUAAUCUAGGAUGAGAAUUUGACAAGUCAUACAGCAAUGAACUAGGAGAACAGCAAAAAAAAACCAACUUGGAAUGUAUUUAUUACCUAAAAGUUAGCUAUUCUUGAUAAAAUCCCAAAAAUUAUGCUGCUGCUUAUUUUACUUACAGAUUUCACACACUUCUAAUUUUAAAGCUACCAAACAUUUACUCCAUUAUGUACUCUGAGAAAUGUAAUUGGAGCAAGACAUACAAGAGAAUGAAAUCAUUGUAGUGUCUUAAAUACAGCGAACUCACUUUUGUGUCUAUUAAAACUUGGAAAAUGUGCAACACGUAACAAUGUGGCUGUCAUUGCAUAUGUUAAAGCUUUUUAAUGUGAUUUGCUGCAGAGCUGAGAGAACUGAUGUUUACAAGUACAGGAACAAGCAGUCAGUGGGUAAUUUGGAUGGUUGUGUGUCCUAAGAGAGUGUACUGAAGUCACCUGAAGCCGUGGGCAGCCCAGCUUUGGUCUGCUUGCACUACGUGCAUGGAGGUGAGUUGUCCGCCUGGUGGACCAACUGAAGGAUGAGCUAACUUGUGUGUCCACACCUUCUGGUCAGCAAGUGCAAGCAUAAGGCCUCUUAAACAUGUGCUGUUGGAUAGAAGAGGUCCUCAUUCUCACACAUUACCAGAUGUGACUGGCAGUCUUUAAGAAAAACGGAAAGCAAGCAGCCUAUCCACUCUACAGGAGAAGUGGUUUACAAACAAAGUGACCUGUAAUCAAACCUUUGAAACUAUAUCACUUAAUUUCUUUUGGCGUACAGUUGUCUAGGUUUUCCCUGGAAAAAGGUCCUGGUCUAGGAAUUUGAUAAUGUGUUAUUCUGGUGCUCUGAGAAGAGUUCAGAGUUGCCCCUGAUAGGUUAAAUGUCAUCUGCGUGUGCUAGAAGAUUAACUUCUAGAUGAAGAACCAUUGCACAGAUUUUACUUCCUGUUUCUUCUUAAUCUGUUGCAGCAAAUACUGUGAUGAACUGUUGUCAAAUUCAAAGAACGAGUGGAAAGGAAAACAUAGAAGCUUGUGUUUUCUUGAUUUAUGCUGGUUAUAAUGUGGUAUUUUGAACGUCAGCAAGAGAGAUCCGAACUUCCCCUUUCUGCAUAACAACAACAAAGUUUAACAUGAAAAGUCCAACACCAGAAAAUCCCUUCUGCUCAGUCUCGAUAAGAGCAUUCAGUCAAAAAUGUUUCUCUUAAAACUGUUGAAAGGCUGUGGUAAACAAGCAAACUAAAAUGCACUGCUAAAACAGGACAUUUGUCUCCCAACGCCAAUUUCGGCUACCUCUGCAAACAAAUAAUUUUCCUGUUUUCCAGAAAUAAAUGUAAAAAAAGACAGCAGUGUAUAGAGAAGGAAUGUGUUCUUGCACCUUGUGUACAGCCUUUAAGAAGCAGUUGUUUACCUGGGCAUCUGCUGUCCCCAUCUCCAAAACAGCAUGUGUGGCUGGCAAGGAUGCUGAGUGCUCCUACUCAUGGGAAAAAACAGAUUGGCCUUUAUCAAUCAGUCUUGAGGAAUUUCUGUUUGUUGUUGUUGUUGUUGUUUUUUCCUAGCAUCCUCUCAAGCUUAGGGUUAGCUGGUGGCUAUGUGAGGUGAUUUCUAUGUUUGCUGCUCACACAGUUCUUCAUUGUACAAAUGCCCUGCCAAGAUGUGUUGCAAAGCUUUCUGGCUGCAGAGUGGCAGCAGUUAGCUGAUAGGAGUUACAGAUAGCCUGCUGGCUGCUUAAAAAAAAGGGCAAAAUGAAAAGAAGCAAAACCCCCAUGUCCGGAAAAAGCGCCUACCUGGAGCUGCUAGGAUCUGCAGAUGGGUGCCAGGUGCCCCAGGCACAGCUCACAGGUGCCGCACGUUGUGGGUCUCACUCCCUGCUGGUUCGAGUUCUGAGGCCUCGUGUUCAGUGCAGCUGUUCUCCAUCCUUGUGUCAGUGCUGCAAACAACAUGGAACAGAUAGGGAAGGUAAGAUCGAGCCCAGUGUCCUUCCCUUGAUGCUGGCUGCGGUGCCCAGGGUAGGGCUGCUCAGUGCAGGUGUCCGGGCGCCUCCCCACGAUGAAGUGGUGCUGCACUUCGACCCCUGCUGCAUAUAAGCACCCACCAGACGUUGGUGCAGUGGCAACGUGCCUGGGCAGCCACUGUCAGAGUGAGGGCUGUGCCGGUGCUGUGCAGAGCAGUCCCUGCACUCACACUGGAGCCUCCAGCUUUGUGUCCCACUGUUUUCCCAGAGCAUGUUUCAUAUCUUGGGAUGGGCUGCAUCCCUGUGCCUGUGUGGAACAUCCCUGAGGCCACUGGGCCCUGCACAAUGCAAAAAAUACUUUCGACCACCUGAUUCUGCCUUGGGGGGCUGAAGGGAAACCUGUCAGUGCUGAGCACGUCCAGGCCCUCUGUCAGCAAUCGCACAGCCCAGACUGGCUCACUGCCCUCUGGGGGCUGGGGGGGACCAUGGCCCUUCCCAAAGGCUUGCGGGAUGGCAUCUGGUGACACUGUUUUCUGUAUCCUUGCGCUGCCAGGACCUGACACGUGUUUGUGUUAAUGCCAGCUUAAGGGAUGAAGCAGAUGCGUGAACCCGAAGAGCUGCAGGUGAGUCAGCAGAUGGACGCUGCUUGGCUGCGCACUGCUGCAGAGUUUCAGUGUAAACAGAACAUAGCCCUCAGGGGGCCUGAGCAGCCUGACCUGUGUGUGUGUCCUUCCUCAACCCGAGGCUCAGCUCUGCGAGUGGAUUACACGCCAGCCUUAAGCAAUAUCCCGGCACAAAGCAUGGCUGUCCAUCUGCAGACGGGAGUUGAAGAAGCUGGCUCACUGAAAUGAUUGUUCUUUGGUUUUGGCAAGGCUUAAAGAAAAAAUCUCACUGCAAAUUGCCUUUUUGCCUUGUCCAUUAUGCAGAUAAGUGAUAAGAAUUAUGCAGCAAAUGCAGAAGCAAAAGCCAAGAGCAUACUGGUAUUCCAUUUCUUAUCUGAUUUUAAGAAGUUAAGUGGAAGUCUCUGUUGUAUGUAAUGAUGAAGUUCUGAACAGCUUACUUCAGUCUUUUGUUCUGACAAAGCAAAGCUCUAUUUGGCUAAAAAAAAAAGUGGAAAUUCUUCAAGGAUAAUAAGUUGUCUUCAGUAUUCUCUGCCAGUGGGUUCUGCGUUACCCAUUGAACACCACUAAUCAGUUCCUACGUCUGGUGGCACUGUUCUUUUUGCUCAGUUGUUAAGGUUUCCCUUCAUAUAAUCCUAAAACUUGCGUGUGGCUUUAGGAAAUGGUAGGGCUGCUUCAGUUCAUUUCAGUUCCUGUUACACUAACGGCUUCUUAUAGCUGCCUCUGCCCCACGCUGCGGUUUUG